GGCCGCCGUUCGCUGUGCGCAGGCGCGCUGGACGAGGGCCCUUGUGCGGCAUAGUGCGCAGGCGCCCCGGGCGCUGCUAACUGUAGAAGCAAUGGACGCGCUGGAGUCGUUGUUGGACGAAGUGGCCCUGGAGGGGCUUGAUGGCUUGUGUUUGCCCGCUCUGUGGAGCCGUCUGGAGUCCCGAGUGCCUCCCUUCCCGCUGCUGUUGGAGCCCUACACGCAGGAGUUUUUGUGGCGGGCUCUUGCCACGCAUCCGGGCAUCAGCUUCUAUGAGGAGCCUCGGGAGCGCCCCGACCUCCAGCUGCAGGACCGGUAUGAAGAAAUUGAUUUGGAAACUGGAAUUUUGGAGUCCCGGAGGGAUCCGGUCCCUUUGGAGGAUGUCUACCCUAUUCAUAUGAUCCUAGAGAAUAAGGACGGCAUCCAGGGCUCGUGCCAGUACUUCAAGGAGAGGAAGAACAUUACCAAUAACAUCAGGACCAAGUCUUUGCAGCCUCGCUGUACCAUGAUGGAAGCAUUUGACAGGUGGGGCAAGAAGCUGAUAAUUGUUGCCUCCCAAGACAUGCGCUAUCGGGCCCUGAUAGGCGCAGAAGGGGACCCUGACCUGAAGCUCCCCGACUUCUCCUACUGUAUCCUGGAGCGGCUAGGCCGGUCCAGAUGGCAAGGGGAGCUGCAGCGAGACCUUCACAGCACUGCUUUCAAGGUUGAUGCUGGGAAGCUUCAUUACCACAGGAAAAUUCUGAACAAAAAUGGGCUCAUUACGAUGCAGUCGCAUGUCAUCCGAUUACCCACCGGAGCUCAGCAGCACUCAAUCCUCCUGCUUCUGAACCGGUUCCACGUGGACAGGAGGAGCAAGUACGACAUCCUCAUGGAGAAGCUUUCGGGGAUGCUGAGCACCCGCAGUAACCGAACCGAGACCCUGGGCAAGCUGCGGGAGGAGCUGGGGCUGUGUGAGCGGACGUUUAAGCGCCUGUACCAGUACAUGCUGAACGCCGGGCUGGCCAAGGUGAUAUCCCUUCCCUUGCAAGAGAUUCACCCUGAAUGCGGACCCUGUAAGACCAAAAAAGGGACCGACGUCAUGGUGCGGUGCCUCAAGCUGCUGAAGGAGUUCAAGAAGAAGGUUGAGGAUGACCACGAUGACGAUGACGACGAGGAGGUCAUCUCCAAGGGAGUGCCCCCGGUGGACAUCGUGUAUGAGCGGGACAUGCUCACGCAGACCUAUGACCUCAUUGAGCGCAGAGGCACAAAAGGAAUUUCCCAAGCUGAAAUCCGAGUGGCCAUGAAUGUGGGAAAGCUGGAAGCGAGAAUGCUGUGUCGGCUUCUUCAGAGGUUCAAGGUUGUCAAGGGGUUCAUGGAGGACGAAGGUCGGCAGCGCACCACCAAAUACAUCUCGUGUGUGUUCGCCGAGGAGAGUGACCUGAGCCGGCAGUACGCCCAGGAGAAGGCCCGCGGCGAGCUGCUGACCACCGUGAGCCUGGCCUCCAUGUCCGAGGAGCCGCUGCUGCCCGAAGGCGAGGACGCCUUUCUCUCGGAGUCGGACAGCGAGGAGGAGGGCGGCUGCAGGGGCGGCAAGCGCAGGGCCAGGGGCGGCCCCCGGAGGGCCUCCGCCGAGUUCGGGCCUGGCUGUCGGCCUCAUCACUCCACCCCGACCAAGGGUGGGUGGAAGCUCCUCAACCUUAACCCCUUGAAGAAGCAGCUGCCUUCCUCCCCCGGGACUGCUGAGGAGCGCGCCUCCCGGAGCUCUUGGGGCAGGGACCCCCUGGACACCAGCGGCUCCUCCGACCUCAGCCAGUCCUUCGGCUCCCACUGCAUGGAGAGCACCAGCGGUGACAUAGCCAUGAUCGAGGAGGUCCGGCUCGAGAACCCCAAGGAAGGCGGCAGCUCCCAGAAGGGUGGGAAGCACGGCUCGGGCCAGGACAAGCCCCACAAGACUUACCGACUGCUGAAACGCCGGAAUCUGAUCAUAGAGGCCGUCACCAACCUUCGCCUGAUCGAGAGCCUGUUCACGAUUCAGAAGAUGAUCAUGGAUCAGGAGAAGCAGGAGGGCGUGUCCACCAAGUGCUGUAAGAAGUCCAUCGUGCGCCUGGUGCGGAACCUGUCUGAGGAAGGCCUCUUGAGGCUGUAUCGGACCACGGUUAUCCAGGAUGGCAUCAAAAAGAAGGUGGAUCUGGUUGUGCACCCGUCCAUGGACCAGAACGAUCCCCUGGUGAGAAGUGCCAUUGAGCAGGUUCGCUUCCGGAUCUCUAAUUCAAGCACAGCAAACAGGGUUAAGGUUCCCCAGCCUCCAGCACCCCCAGAGGAGGUAGAAGAAGAAAGCCAAGGACAAGAGGAACCAAGUGGAUCAGGAGACACGGACGCGAACGCUUCCUCCAAACCAGACAGCGGGCGGGCAAAAAAGACCGACGAGAAGAUGGGCGUAACCCCGAUGAAAAAUUACCACCCUGUUGUAGUUCCCGGCCUUGGGCGCUCUCUUGGGUUCCUGCCCAAAAUGCCUCGCCUGCGGGUGGUGCACACGUUCCUGUGGUACCUAAUCUACGGGCACCCUGCCAGCUACGUGGUGGACAAGACGGUGUUCAGCACCGAGAGGAGAGGCGGCAGGCACAGCAGAGGAGACUGGGAGCCCUUGGAGCGCAGGGACAGUCCGGACACUGUGACCUGGGAGGCCGAGGUGGAGCUGUCCACAGAGACGGUGUACGUGGAUGACGCCUCCUGGAUGCGCUAUAUCCCUCCCAUCCCGGUCCACAGGGACUUCGGCUUCGGCUGGGCUCUGGUCAGUGACAUCCUCCUCAGCCUGCCCCUUUCCAUCUUCGUGCAGAUUGUGCAAGUCAGCUACAAGGUGGACGACCUCGAGGAGUACCUGAGCCACCCUCUGAAGCAGCACACGCUGAUCCGCUUCCUCCCCAGGCCCAUCCGGCAGCAGCUCCUGUACAAGAGGCGGUACGUCUUCUCGGUGAUGGAGAGCCUGCAGAGACUGUGCUACAUGGGGCUGCUGCAGUUCGGCCCCACGGAGAAGUUCCAGGACAAGGAUCAGGUCUUCAUCUUCCUGAAGAAGAAGGCGGUCAUCGUCGAUACCACCAUCUGUGACCCCCAUUACAACCUGGCCCACAGCAGCCGGCCCUUCGAGAGGCGGCUGUACGUCCUGAACUCCAUGCAGGACGUGGAGAGCUACUGGUUUGACCUGCAGUGCGUCUGCCUCAACACCCCGCUAGGUGUGGUGCGAUGCCCCGGCAUCCCGAAGCAUAGCACAGAGCAGGGCAGCGAGGGGGACGGCAGUCUGCGGAAGGAGCAGGAGAGCGCCAUUGACAAGCACAACCUGGAGCGCAAGUGUGCCAUGCAGGAGUACACCACGGGCAGCCGGGAGGUUGUGGACGAAGGCCAAAUCCCCGGCGACGGGCUGGGCGCUGCGGGGCUCGACUCCAGUUUCUAUGCACACCUGAAACGCAACUGGAUCUGGACCAGCUACAUCAUCAACAAGGCCAGAAAGGAGAACGUCACUACAGAGAACGGGCUCACGGUGAGGCUGCAGACGUUUCUGUCCAAGCGCCCCCUGCCCCUGGGGGCUGGAGGCAGUAACAGUCGACUGGCCCUGUGGGGGGAGGCCAGAGCAGGCAGUGAGCCCGCGGCCCACCGGGAGGAGCAGUUUGGGAUGGAGCGCGAGCCCACGCUGGGCCGAAGCCGCAGGGUGAAGGGUGGCAGGAACCAGAAGCGGAAGCGGCUGAGGAAGGACCCCGCCAAGAGGACCAAGCGGAAGAGAAAAGAGGAGCUCCCAGAAGCCAAAAGCAAAAGGCUGCGCUACCACGACGAAGCCGACCAGAGUGCCCUGCGGCGGAUGACGCGGCUGCGUGUCUCCUGGUCCAUGCAGGAGGACGGGCUUCUCAUGCUCUGCCGCAUCGCCAGCAACGUCCUCAACGGCAAGGUGAAGGGCCCAUUUGUCCCCUGGCAGGUCGUGAGGGACAUCUUGCACGCCACGUUUGAAGAGUCUCUGGAUAAAACGUCUCACUCAGUUGGACGAAGAGCUCGCUACAUCGUCAGAAACCCGCAGGCCUAUCUGAACUAUAAGGUUUGCCUGGCUGAGGUGUACCAGGACAGAGCGCUGGUUGGAGAUUUCAUGAGCCGCAGAUGUGACUACGAGGACCCAAAGGUUUGUGCCAAGGAGUUCAAAGAAUUUGUGGAGAAGCUCAAAGAGAAGUUCAGUUCUGCACUGAGGAAUCCUAACCUCGACAUCCCGGACACGCUGCAGGAGCUGUUUGCCAGGUACCGAGUUCUGGCAAUUGGCGAUGAAAAAUACCGGGUGAGGAAAGAGGAUGAACUUAACAGCGUGGAGGACAUCCACUUCCUGGUGCUGCAGAACCUGAUCCAGAGCACGCUGUCCCUCUCCAACAGCCAGGUGAAGUCCUGCCAGUCCUUCCAGAUGUUCCGCCUCUUCCGCGAGUACAAGGAGCAAGUGCUGGUGCGGGCCUUCAUGGAGUGUCAGAAGCGGAGCCUGGUGAACCGGCGCCGGGUCAACCACACCCUGGGCCCCAAGAAGAACCGGGCCCUGCCCUUCGUGCCCAUGUCCUACCAGCUGUCCCAGUCCUACUACAGGCUUUUCACCUGGCGAUUUCCCAGCACCAUCUGCCUGGAGUCAUACCAGUUCUUUGACAGACUCCGGGCUGCGGGCAAGUCGGACCAGUCUGAUCCUUUUUCCUUCAAAGACCAGGAUAGUGGUGACGCCCCAGCCGACAUGGUGGCAUUUUCCCUGGACGGCCCUGGAGGACACUGUGCAACCGCCCUGACCCUUUGGUCUCUGGGCCUCCUCUCCGUGGACGUCAGGAUCCCAGAGCAGAUCCUGGUGGUGGACAGCUCCAUGGUGGAGAACGAGGUCAUGAAGAGCCUGGGCAAGGAGGGGCUGGACGACGACGAGGACGACGAGGAAGACUUGGACGAGGGCUCGGGGGUCAAGCGUGCGGGGGUGGAGGUGAAGGCGCAUCAGGCCUCCCACACCAAGUACCUGCUGAUGAGGGGCUGCUGUGUGCCUGGCAUCGUGAGCACACGCAACCUCAACCCCAACGACAGCGUCGUGGUCAACUCCUGCCAAGUGAAGUUCCGGCUCCGCUGCACCCCAUUGCCCACGCAGCUCAGGCCUGCCGACCCUUCUCUGCAAGAGCUCACGGCGGAAACCUCCUGCCUCCCCGACUCCUUCACCAGGCUGAUAGCGCCCCCACGAAGUGUGCUGGGCUUGGAGGAACUUGCCCGCCAGGGGGCGCUCUCUGGGUAUAGCCCGGAAGACGUGUCUGCUGCCCAGGCGAUCUGGCAGGCGGUGGUCUCCGUGGGCAGCUUUGGGAUUGACAAGGAGAAGCUGAGCAGACAGUUCUCAGCCUUGGAGAGGACAGCAGGCACCAGGACAUUCCAAGACUACGUCCAGGACCUCUUGGCGUGGGGCCAGGUGCUGGAAGUCGGCGGCAGCACGGUCCGCCUGGUGGCCACGGCCCUCGCCCGGCCCUGGCUGCUGCACUCCGUGCGACCGAAAGACCCCGAGGAGGCGGCUGGUGCGCGGGAGGAGGACGUCCCCGAGGGAGCUGCCAGUGAGAGCGGUGCCCUCCACAGGCCGGUGCCACCUUCUCGCAGCCCUCAGGGCACCAAGAGACGGGCGCGCUGGGCCAGCCAGAGCAGCGACACCGACUCUGAGUGCACCCAGAAGCCCCCGGCAAAGCGGCCCGUGCUCCAGGACGUCCGCUUGGCCCCCAGCCCCAGGCUCCCGGCAGAAGAGGGCGUGGAAACCCAGGCUCUGGCCCCGCCCCCAGCUCCUAGAGACCCUGGUGCAGAGGGGCCCGGGCAGGAGGACCAAGAGGAUGUCAGAGAACCCAGCUCCCCCGGGCCCGAGCAGCCGAGCAGUCAGGCCCAGCUCCCAGAGGGCUCAGAAGACCCCAGAGGGCUCAUCGACACCCCUGGGGCCGGCGGAGUCUCCCCGGCAGCCCGGGAGAGGGACUGUGAGAACGUCUGCUUCAUCGGCCGCCCGUGGCGCGGAGUGGACGGCCAGCUGAACAUGCCGGUGUGCAAGGGCAUGAUGGAGGCCAUGCUGUUCCACGUCAUGAGCAAGCCGGGCGUCCCCGAGAGCAGCCUGCUGCAGCACUACCAGGGCGUCCUGCAGCCCGUCGCGGUGCUCGAGCUGCUCCAGGGCCUGGAGUCCCUCGGCUGCGUCCGGAAGCGCGUGCUGCGGAAGCGCACGGCCGUGUCGCUGUUCUCCGAGCCGGAGGAGGCGCAGCCCGGCGCGGAGGUGCCCCUGGGCCCCGGGGACCGCGCCGCCGCCUUCUACGAGCCCACGCUGGACUGCGCCAUCCGCCUGGGCUGCGUCUUCCCGCCCACGGUCAACUGGAACAAGUGGAGCCACUUGUAGCCGCGCCUGCACCGCCCUGCCGGCCCACCGCCACCGCCCUCCGGCUCCGCACGCGGCUGCGCGGCCAG